GACAUUCACCUCUCCCAGACCCUGCGUAAAGCAGGAGCCUCGUGCACUGGGUACGACCUUUUAAGACAUGCUAAAAGUUAUCAUAAGAUCAAUGUUUUUGGGUGAAUGGGACACAACAAAUCCGUUCCAUUGAUUCAAAGGCUGCUAAAAAUUCAAAGUUUAUUUGAUCAAAUUGCAUUAGUAGUCAUAACAAUAUGACUAUAUCCCCAAACAAAGGUGUGACUAGUCUUAUUGUUCGAUUAAUAAUGGCUUAGUGUAAAGUAUAGAUUAGGUGAAACCUGUGAUAACUAAUUGUCAAACAAAGGUGGAUAGUUUUCAUGUCUAUAUUUUGCUCACAUGAUUUAUAUUUUAACACCAAAAACUGAUUAAGCUUCAACCAAACAAAGGUGCGAGUUGUUUCAGUUGUAAAGUUUAUGAGGUAUUUGUGAAUUUGUGAAUUUAAAGUCAUGAUAGUUCUGUGUUUAAAGUUUUGAAUGUUUUUCUAUGAGCCCCCCUACAUCCCAUAUUGGGAUCGAUAAAGCAUGACAUAGAAUUUGUUUUGGUCUUAAGGCUUCUCGACCAAAUGUAAUCUACAUUGGUUUAAAUUAAUUUUUGGAUCAAGAUACAUGUUUGAUUAAAUUUGCCUUAAUUCAGUUCAAAAGUCGCAUAUUGCAAUGUAUUCAGAGAUGGUGGUAUGUUUGUCUUGUUAAAAGUUUUGGAUUUCUUCAAGAUUGGUUAUGUGAUUUAAUGUUUGUUAUGUGCUGUCUUCUCUUCUCAAAAUUAAAUGGAGCAUAUGUCGUUGAACACCUGAAGGAUAAUCACAAUUGCCUAAGGUACGCAUUGAAAUCUGCUGCUUUGUUAUUUAUUUGCAUAUGUUUAUGGUUCAAGAUUUAUUCAUGAUAAAGCUAUAUGUUGAAGUAGACUUCUUAAAGCUUCUUUGGACACCAAAAUUACGAAAAUACAUGAAGAAUUGAAUUUUUGGUGGUUUUAUCAAGUUGACAUAGAUGCACAAAAAAAUUUCUGCUGGAAUACGAUGACUGAGCUAUUGACCACCAAAUGACUUGAAAUUUGAAUAAGUUCUUCACAUAUAUUUCUAUUUUUAGACUGCAAAAGUUCGUGAUUUUGGGUUGUGUAAUUUAUUUAUAGGGAUUUUAUUAGUAACCCGUGCUCAGUUGAAAGUCUAGUCUGGCAGUUUUCAUCGCUUCAAUUAAGUUUAACAAACGAAUGAUUGAAUGACCUCCAAAUGACUUGAAAUUUGGAUAUGUUGUUCAUAUAUAUGUCUACUUAUGGACUGGAAAAUUUCGUGCUCAUUGGUGGUGUACCCUAUUUAUGGUGAUUUUAUUAGUAACAUGUACUCAGUUGAAAGUCGAGACUGGAGUUUUCAUUGUUUUCUUAUAUGUUGAAAAUUUUGAGCUAUCUUUUAGCUCUAGAACAAUUUCAUAUUCUGUUUUAUAAAGUUUAAUUUCUUUCGUAUCGUCUAUGUGAUUUUGGGACAAAUCAAUUAUACAUUAAUUAUGUAGUUCCUCAAGUUGGAAUCUUGGUUUUUGGUAUAGUAUACUACUUUACUAAUAUAUUUUGAGAAAUUCUAUACUAGUACAAAUAAAAAAUAUAUAUUUUUACCUAUAUGCUUUUUAGAGUAACAAAUGCAAUGAGUGUUUGCCCAAGUGGGAGAAUUGAUAAACAAAUAAUUGGGCUUCACAUUGAAUCUAAGUCACACAUGCUAAGUUCUAAAGAUCCGUGGGAGUUGUUCUUAUGCUAAUAUAUGUUUGUAAAGUUUUGAGUAUGAAACUUAGUUUUAUAUUUGCAUGUUUCUCCCUAGAAUUUUAAUGUCGAGUUUGUGGAAAAAAGAUGCAUGCUAGAUUGAAAUUUUCUAGAUUUUAUUAGGAUUGUCCAGUUUUCAAUCCUAUGAUUGUCCCACUGUUGAUUUUCGAAUUUGUAUGCAUGUAUGACAGUAUUCUCAUGUUAUAACACUCAUGCCAUACAUGAUUAACAAUUGCAUUAAGGUAUGGAUUUAAUCUUUAGUUUAUGUUGUGAAUUCUAUAAAGUAGCAAAGGUGUAUUUUUAGUUGCGUUCUAAGUACUAGGAGGAUUGAGUUUUGUACUUAGGUUUUGUAGUUUAGAACACAUAAAGUAGCAGCGAACGUCUUAAACUGCAAAAAAGUUGUGUCAUCUAUUUUUGUUAGACACAAAAGUAAGCUGGUUCUGUAGUUAAUGAGCUUCAUGGGAAUCAUAAGGCAAUCUUAUAAAGAUUGAUAAGGAUGACCAAUAAGUGAAUGAAUUGAUGCUUUCAAUUCAGGUUUUGAUUCACUUAAUUACCAAAUAUGUGACGUAUGUUUCAUGUGAAUGAAGAGCUUAUUUCAAUGAUUCUAAGAGCUCAUGGAUGCUACUAAGUUCAUAGUCUCUGAUAGUUCUAGAUAAGUAAACUCCAUUUGACAGAACAUGUGAAAGUAAUAUUAGUUGACUAAAUUCAGUGGCCAAUAAAGUAAUCUUGCUUAUAAAUCCUUUAAAGAUCUUUUAUGAAUUAACCGUUUGACUUUGUGGGAGAAUGUUGGACAUUGGAUCAUAAUCCAAUGACUAAUUGGUCUACACAGUUAAUUCAAGGAUUGCUUGGAAUAUAAAUAAGACUAGGAUUUAGUUAAUAGCUAUAGCUUGUACCCUAAGUAAAGUUAAUAUAUUCCGGAUUUCCUUGGGGAAUAAAGGCUCCUAAUUCUAUCCUAUUUGGAAUGAGAUUUGGUGUAUCAAUUAUCCUUGGACUGUAAGGAAUCCUAAUGACAUUAUUAUGGGAAGAUUCAUUAGGGUUAAGUCCAUAUAAAUACAAAGCCAAGGUCCCUGCUCACAACACACAGAAACUCAUAUGAACGCCCCAUUAGUUUGAGUAUAAAGGAGUGUUGAGUGUGCAGAAGUCCUUGGUCAACUAACAUAUUAUUCCACAUGAUUCCAAUACGAUUUCCACCGAAGGAGAAGUCCAUGGUUGAUCCUAUUCUGCAUGGUUCUAUCAAAGAUGGUUCAUCUUUCCUACAUGCCAUGUUGACUUCGAGUAUUUUAUCAAUUGAGAAUAAUUUAUAAAUUUUUUCAGGUUAGUAUUUUUAGUUAUUUAUAAGAUAUAUAAAGUCUAACAUCUAUCACACUAAAAAAUCUCUGUUUUUCUUUGGCAAAUAAUGAGUUGUAAGUUUUUCUUUUACUAUUGGUAAGGGGUAUAAAGAAUGCGAAAGCCACAUUAAGAGUUUUUUUUUUUUUUUAAAGAAAAAUUAUGAGUGUAAAAAUAAAAGCACGUGAUAUUGUCUUAGGGCAACUUUUAAUACUUUUAACGAUCGGUCGUGGGUCCGAUAAAACAUGGCAAAAAUUUGAGGACGUAUAAAUAUAGUUUCAGUAAAACAGUCGAGAGUACUAUUCGAUUUGAACUACUAUUUGAACGAUUACUUUAAAAAACUUAACCCUUUCAAGCAUCUAAUUUUUAAUGAAUCAUGCCUAAUCAUAAAUGGGCAAGUGUCCAAUUAUAGUUUUUUAACUUCAAUUAUUCAGACACGUAUCAAUUUAUAAUUGAUUUUUUAGCAGCACAUGUUGUUCCUCUUUCAGUAGCUAGCGAAACAUAGUUUAUUUUAAAUUUUCAUAAAUCCAUCAAUUGACAAAGGCAAUUACUGUUUAGAGUGAAGAGUAAUGACAAUUUCAGUGCCCUUAUCCUUACCUUGUUCUUGCCCUCCUAAAAUGGGUGAACUUGAUAUAAGCACUACCACCACUACCCAUUUCGAUUUGUUAACGAGACCUGGCCUAACCCUUGGUUAUGCUACAAGUAGUUUGGCAGCUACAAGUCUGGAUUUUAAAAUUCAAUACAAUAUCGUAUUAUAGGCACUCAUUGGUUUGUAGAUAUGCAAAUUAUGUGUAAUUUCAUUAGUUUUUGGUACAUGAGUUGUAUUAGUUGUAUAAGUACAUUAGUGUUAAGUGUUGUCAUUAGUUUUACAUAUAAGAGAAAAUAAAUAGGUAAAUGAAAUAUUAAGAAUGAUUUUGCAAAUAAGUAGUUCUACGUUUGGAUGCAUAAAUAAUUGGUGAUUCAAAUAACUUUUAUUGGGAUAAUGUUCAGAUAAAGAUUAAGAAAUUGAACCGUUCUAAUUAUAAAAAUUUAUACGGAGAAAAUGCGUGGGAGAAAUUCCUAAAAGAUGUGAAUAUUAUCCUAAAAUGAAUAAAUAAAAUGAUAUUUUAAAAGGAAAACUAAUGAAAAUAGCUUGAAAAUUUUGAGUUUUAAUGAUAAGGACAAAAUAAAGGGUAAAGUGAAUAGUACCAGAUUUGACUUUUUAAUAAAAAUGUAGUUUUUCGUUAAAGAAUAAUACCGUGGGUUUUUCGUUCAAACUUCUUAUUUUAAAUAGCCAACUCAUCAGCUGCAAUUAGGGCCUUAUGGUUAAACAUUCAAAUAAGGAUAAAAUUGUUGAGUUUAUAGGCUAUCAAAAAAACAAAGUGAGGACAAAGUAAUAAAAAAACAGAUAAGGAUAAAAAAGAACAUGAAAAAAUAUAUUAGUUUAAAGUUGAUCUUAGAAUCGAACAUAAACGAAAUAAUAUAUUUGACCAUUUGUGAUUUUUUUAACGAACUUACGUUGUUAAAUUAAAUAUAUAAGGCUAAAAAUCAUCUUGAUCAACAAUAAAUUUCAAACAACAUAAGCAUUAAGUUUUGUAACAUUCUUCCAUGCACCAGUUUAAUUAAUGGCUUGAUUUGUAUGACUAAAUUUUGACAAUUGUAAUCUAACUAUUCAAACCUUCCUACAUCCCAUCAACAUCUUGUUAAAUAUUUUUCUCUUAUUUAAACGGUUAUAAUUAAAUCAUAUCAACAUCUUCUAUUUUUUUUAUGAAAAAUGAAAAAUAAAAUAGAAAGUGUGAAAGAAGGGAAUUAAAGAAGUUAGAAAAAGAAGAGGAUCCUACUCCAAAAAUAGCACAUGUGCACAAACAGACGUAUGACCGAUUUAGGAGCAACCUUUCCAAUCCAUCAUUCUCUCUUUUUCCCUAGAUUUUGCCUAGGGUUGGAGAAUGGACCACAGGUCCCGUGUCGGCACCAUAAUAUUCAGAAGAAAAAAAAAAAAAAUAAAUAAUUAGUAUGCAGAGACACAACACGAUACACUAAGUGUUAUAACAUAUUUAGUAUAAUGAGUUAUAAUCCCAGCGGACUAAAAAAUCUCUUUAAAAAAGAGAAAUUGUUUGACAUGCAGGACACGAUCUAAUACGACAAGUGUCAUAAUACACUAAGUGUAUUGAGUUGUGAUCUCGAAACACUGAAACUUUUUUUAAACAAACAACAUUCUGGUCCCACUUGAAGAAUAAACAAAUGGACCUUUGUCUCGCUAAAAAAGGUUGCCGUCCCAUUCAUUCUUUGGUUGGAAUAUUUUUCAGUGUGCCAGUUUGCUAUGAUAAUUUUUUUUUUUUUCCAAAUUGCUAUGAUAAUUAAUAAGCAGCCUCCUGCCCAACAAGAAGACGAUGACCUCCGUUGUUCUGAGAAAAAAAUGGCUUCUGAAUCCUACCCUCCACCGUUUCGUUCACUUCCAGAUUCAACCCAGGCCGUUGAUUUGGACGGCCAAGUCAACCCGGUUCAUGAUUCGGAGGAUCCGAUUCCUGUGGUGGAUCUCCAGAGCCUGAAACUUGGCGAGGCAUGCGAGUUUUGGGGAAUUUUUCGUUUGGUCAAUCAUGGAGUUCCUCCAACCCUUUUGACCCAACUUCGGGAGCAUGCCAAAAUGGUUUUUUCCCUGCCGUUUGAGUCCAAACAGAGCCUUAUCACCAACCCUCUGUCCUACUUCUGGGGUACCCCUGCCCUUACUCCAUCUGGGGCGGCCUUAUCAACAAAGGGUAGUAGUACCCUCCAGAAUAUCAACUGGGUUGAAGGACUCAACGUCCCUCUAGCUCAACUCAGUUUUCAAAUUGACAAUCCCAUAAUUGCUUCUUUCAGCCUUGUGCUAGAAGAAUAUGGGAAGCACCUAGCUAGGCUAGCGACAACUAUAUUUGACGCUAUGGUAAUAAACCUUGGAUUGGAUCCAAUAGAAUCCAAAUCCCAUUUAUCAAAUUCUACUGGCAUUGUACGUGUCUAUCGCUACCCACCACAUUGCUCCAACUCCAGCUCUGCAUCUGCAUGGGGCAUGGACGUGCACACUGACAGCUCUGUGCUCUCGAUACUAAAUCAAGAUGAAGUCGGUGGACUCGAAGUUCUCAAAGACAAUGAGUGGUUCAGUGUUAACCCAAUUCCCAACACACUGAUUGUCAACCUCGGAGACAUGAUGCAGGCGAUAAGCGAUGACAAGUACAAGAGUGUGAAGCACAGAGUGAAGGUGAACAGAAGCAAAGAGAGAGUUUCAAUCUGCUAUUUUGUGUUUCCGGGAGAAGGCAGUGUGAUUCGGAGCUCAAACUAUAAGCCCUUUACUUAUAGGGAUUUUCAGAACGAAGUGCAGCAAGAUAUAAAGAGUGUUGGGUAUAAGGUCGGGCUUGAGAGGUUCCAAGCUUAGUGAAGAGGGUCUGUUAAUUGAUGAUGUUAAAUGGGCUAUGACAGUAUGCUUGUGAGCUAUACAGAUGGAACAAUGUGGGAUAUAAGGGCACCACGUUUGUUUUUUAACAUUUUAUUUUGUUUAAUUUGUUUUGUACUUUUAGUUUUGCUCUAAUCCAAACCAGUUCUUUUCUGUUCAUUUACUUU